GUGUAAUAAAUAAAUAGCAGAAGAAGAAGCGCCUCGUAAAUACGCUCGAGUCCACAGAUUCGUGCCUUUACGACAAACAUGGAGAAGCGAAAUAAAGUGACAGUUUCUGCUAUUAAGUCAUUGGGGUAUCCAGGUAGCAGGUGCGUCUCCCGGUGCGAUUGUGACGAGCUUCCGUGUCCUCUGCUCACCUGGCUGAUGCUACAGCUCAAGACCUUCUGCCCAGAACCGCAGGACUCCGCUGGGAUUGGUGAUGUGCUGCUGGGGAAGGAGCUGAGGCAACUCCUCUCACACUUGCACUCUCCCCUCAGUUUGGCAACCUCUGAGAUCUUGGACUUGCCAGCACUGAACAGAGUCACAGAGUUCCUGGUGUCAGAAUUACAAGCAGCGCAAAUGUUGAAGUGCAGAGAACUGCAUCCUGAAGUGCCAGCUACUCUCGAUGCAGCUGUCAAAGAGAAACGAGUCGAAGAUCAAAAUGCCAACGUUAUCGACUCCGCCUCCUCCUCCAAUGACACACGAGAGGCGGAGACACAAGCAGAGUGGAUAUUACUGCUCCGAGCUCUCAACAUGGAUGCCUCCUCUAAGUGUACUGAUGUGCUGCAGGAGGUGGAGUCUAGAAUUAGCACUCUUCCAUCUCAAGACAUGAGUGAGCCUCUACUGAAGAAGGAGCUCAGCGCGGCACAGUGGAUGCAGCUGGUGAAGUUAAAUCAAGCUCUGAAGGACGACUAUAGCUGCCGACAGAAGAUGAUGGUGACGCGCUUCCAGGUGACCCUGGAGUCGUUUGCAUGGGGUGAAAAGCAGAAGGAGCGCUGUGCAGCUCUGGCCUCAGUUCCACCUCUGGCCUCCAUCGCUGAAUCCUCCCAAGUGUCUGUGCCCCGUGUGCUGGCCGCCAGAGAAGACCAGUCCAGGAUUCAGCCAGUCAGGCCUGGAAAGAGCACAGCUGUGUACAAGAAACUGAUGGGCCACGUCCCAGACAGAGGAGGGCGACCAGGGGAAAUCGAACCCCCGAUGCCAACAUGGCAGGAGAACAGAGCGUCCAGAGCGGGGCGAGGAGGCGGACACCAGCAGUGGCGCAAAUCCUCUGACAGGAAAAAGGGGAAAAAACACUAACAGAUCAAACUAUAAAUGUAAUAUUGUUUUGAAAACUCAAGCUAUGAUUAAUCCAAAUGUGGACUUCAGAUUAUUUGCGUCUAUAUUUUUGGUAAAAAUUGAAAUAUAUAUAUAUAUAUAUAUAUAUAUUAUUUUUAGGAUUAGAUGUCCUUUAUUUGUCACGUUUUCACUGGUUUGUUUUAUAUUCUGGAAAUUCUGUAUCAGUUUUCUAAAAACAACUUGAUGCACACGUCAAUGUUUGGAAAAUUAAACAAUAUGAUUGUUGCAAUUUAGUCUGGUUGCGCUUGUGAUGUGCUGUCCUCACCACAAGUGCCACUGUGCAGCUGUGCAGCCGCACACAAGGGAUUUUCUUCUUGGUUUAUGG